UUGGUUCAAUAUUUCACACGUGGUUCAAACUGCGAGCUUUAAGUUUGCUCAGACCGGCUGCAAAUUGUAUGUGCGGUACAUACUCGUGAAAACUAAGAGGACUGCGAGGAAAAGCUGUUGCUGUUACCAUGAAGCUGUUGUGGUGCGGUCUUCUCUACUGUGCCCUAGUUAUCAUCGUCCAAGUUCGUGCGUACAAUUACCGACGUUACAGGGCUCCAGCCCGGAGGAUUCCGCUCUCGCCGACCAACAGAUACACAAAUCCAGCUCUCGCACAACACGCCAACGUCGGACAAGAAUCACAAUGUAGAAGUCAACCCCAAGAUGUGGUUUUUAUCAUCGAUAGCUCUCGUAGUGUCCGACCUCACGAGUUUGAGCAAGUGAAAGUCUUCCUGGGCCAUAUGGUUGACACAUUGGAUAUUGGACUUGAUAGAACCCGCGUGGCAGUCAUCAACUAUGCAAGCACAGUGAGGAUUGAGUUUAUGCUGAACACUUACACUAACAAACGAGACAUGAAGCGCGCAGUCUCUCAAAUUGAUCCACUUGCAACUGGCACAAUGACUGGCUUGGCCAUCGAGGGUGCCAUGGACAAGGCUUUCAUCGACAUUGCAGGAGCAAGGCCCAAGGACCGUGGCAUCUCCAGAGUAGCCAUUAUUGUGACAGAUGGACGGCCGCAGGAUCAGGUGGCAGAAAUCUCUGCAAGGGCUCGGGCAGCUGGCAUUGAGAUCUAUGCGGUUGGUGUGGGCAGGGCUGACAUGAUGUCUCUCAGACAAAUGGCCAGUGAUCCCCUAGAUGAUCAUGUCUUCUAUGUGGAGACAUACGGUGUGAUUGAGAAACUGACGUCCAAGUUCAAGGAGACACUUUGUGGUGUUGAUAUGUGUGUCGCUGCAAGCCAUGAUUGUGAGCAAAUCUGUGUGAGCACUACAACAGCCUUUUACUGCAGGUGCCAUCCAGGUUUUAAAUUGAACGAAGACCAGAAGACCUGCUCCAGAGUGGCUAAUUGUGCUGCUGGAAACCAUGAAUGCGAACAGAUCUGUAUGAACACAACGACUGGUUAUUAUUGCAAAUGCCGUCCAGGUUUUAGGUUGAAUGAAGACCGGAAAACCUGCUCAAAAGUGGAUCACUGUGCCACUGGAAAUCAUGACUGUGAGCAAAUCUGUGUGAACACGACAACCGGUUAUUACUGCAACUGCCACCCAGGUUUUGUAUUGAAUGAAGAUCAGAAAACUUGCUCAAAAGUGGAUCACUGUGCUACUGGAAAUCAUGACUGUGAGCAAAUCUGUGUGAACACGACAACUGGUUAUUACUGCAACUGCCACCCAGGUUUUGUAUUGAAUGAAGAUCAGAAAACUUGCUCAAGAGUGGAUAAGUGCGCCACGGGAAGCCAUGACUGUGAGCAAAUCUGCUUGAACACUGCCACCAACUAUUACUGCAGAUGCCACCCAGGUUUUGUGUUAAACGAGGAUCAGAAAACUUGUUCAAGAGAGGAUAUGUGUGUUUCUGGAAACCAUGACUGCGAGCAAAUCUGUGUGCCAACUGCAACAGGCUACAACUGCAAAUGCCAUCCAGGUUUUAUAUUAAAUGAGGACCAGAAGACCUGCUCAAGGGGGGAUAUGUGCGCCACUGGAAACCAUGAUUGUGAUCAAAUCUGCGAGCCAACAUCAACAGGGUAUGACUGCAAAUGUCACCCUGGUUUUAUAUUACAUGAGGACCAAAAAACAUGCUCAAGAGAUAACAUGUGUGCAAUUGGAAACCAUGAUUGUGAGCAGAUCUGUGUGCCAACUUCAACAGGCUAUAACUGUGAAUGUCAUCCAGGCUUUAUAUUAAAUGAGGAUCAAAAGACCUGCUCAAAUGAGGAUAUGUGUGCCACUGAAAACCAUGACUGUGAGCAAAUCUGUGUGACAACUGCAACAGGCUUUUACUGCAAAUGUCAUCAAGGUUUUAUAUUAAAUGAGGAUCAAAAGUCCUGCUCAAGGUUGAACUUGUGUGCAAACGGAAACCAUAACUGUGAGCAGAUAUGUGUAAGCACUGCCACAAACUAUUACUGCCAAUGCCAUUCUGGUUAUCUGCUAAACGAGGAUCAGAAAACUUGUGCAGAGGAAGCUCAGAGAAAAGUCACUAUUAAAGAUCCAUGCAAGUGUGAAGCUCUUCUUGAAUUCCAAAGGAGUGUCCAAUCUACUUUUGAAACACUGGCUAGCAAACUAGAUCAAGUGACAAAAAAGAUGCAAAUGAUGGAAUAUGAGCUGGGUCGAAACUGAACGUGUACGCUCUGUUUAAAGAGUGUGUGUGCUAGCCUGUUACAACUGUUCAGCGGAAUGACAAUUGAUUGAACAAUGCUCUUUCCCAACUUUUUAUUAUAUUCAUAAUCUCCUUAGAUAUCUGUAACUCCAAUAAAAAUAAACUUUUAAGAGUUGUAAUAAGGUUUAGAAAAUUAACAUAUUCGGGAAAUAAAUAGAAGCUAGUGUACUACCCACAUCUUUCUAACUCGCGUUACUACGCACUGCAUUGAUUCAAAUAAUGAAGGUACUGGAGGUUACUACUGUGAUACAUUAGUUCAGUACUAUUAUAAUAGUAUUUUGUACACAAUUAAUAAAUAACUAAAUUAGUGGUUGAUUAAAUUAAUUAUGAGUAAACAAAUGCGCAAUAUAUCAUGUACAAAAUGAGUACUUUCUGUUGGUUUGCCUUAAACGUAAUGUUUUGUUUAACAGUAUUUUGAUCACUGAUAUAAAGUGAUGAUAAACAAAUUGCAUAAUCUAUAUUUGAAUGAAAUUUUAUUCACUAUUUUCAAGAUCAAAAACACACGUUUAACAAUAAAGGAGAUAAACGAA